UUCCAACUUGAAACCCUGCGCACGUUUCUGUCCUCCUCUUUUUCUUCCCCAGCUGCAAUAUCCACGUUCAACAGCUUGCCUGCCUACCAUCUAAUUACUUCAUUGUCAACACUUCAUCGCUUUCUCCCACACCGCUUCCAUUAUGGGCAACGUCGUUUCGGUCCUCUCCCCCGGUAGCGGUCAAGGUCGCAUCGAAGCCGCCCAAAAAGCAGAGCUUGAGAAGAAGCUCGCCGACAGAGAGGAAACCAUUGCCGUCCUCGAAAAGGAACUUUCCAAGAAGGAAAAGGAGUACACAUCCCUUUCGAAAGAUGCAGAUGACCUGCGACAGAACAUCAAGCAGCUCGACGCUCAGUUGUCUUCGUCGCAAGAGGAGAGCCAGGUCCGAAUCACCCAGCUCCAAUCGACACUAGCCGCGAACGACGAGAAGGCCACACAACGACUUCGCGCCAGCGACGAGGCGAUCGCUGCCCGUACUUCCGAGCUCGACGCCGCCAAUAAGCAGCUGAUACUGCUGCGGGAGCAGCUCGAGAAGCUCCAGCAAGAGAAGAAGACCCUGGCAGAUGAAUUGGCCGCUGUGAAUCAGCAGCUGGCCGAGGCCAAGGAGGAUCGCGCGGCCUCGGAUGCCUCGUCGCGAGCCGAGAUCACAUCGCUACAAGGACAACUCGCCGCGGCCGAGCAGCUGAGGGCAGACACCGACUCGGAGCUAUCGGCCACGAAGAAGGACCUAGCCGGUGUCCAAGACAAGUUCGGCGCUCUGCAGCAGGACCACGACAAGCUCAAGUCGGUAUGGGAAGCGGAAUUGGCAUCGGCCAAGAAGGACGUGGCAAGCUGGCAAGAGAAGGCACAAUCCUUGGAGUCGGCUCGAGACACACUAGCCAACGAUGUGGAGGCUGCCAAGAAGGACCUCGCCUCUGCCGAGGAGCAGAGGAAGACUGUGGAAUCCAAGCACGAGUCUGAGCUCCAGAAGCUCCGCGACAGCGCCGCCAUAGCCGAAAAGGCCAAUGCCGACCUCGAGGAGCAGAAGAAGGCCGCAGAAGCCAAGCACGAGUCUGAGCUCCAGAAGCUCCGCGACAACGCCGCCAUAGCCGAAAAGGCCAAUGCCGACCUCGAGGAGCAGAAAAAGGCCGCAGAAGCCAAGCACGAGUCUGAGCUCCAGAAGCUCCGCGACGACGCCGCCACAGCCGAAAAAGCCACUGCUGACCUCGAGGAGGCGAAUAAGAAGCUGAAGGAGGAGCAUGCUGCCGAGCAAGACAAGACGAGAAAGAAUACUGCCGACCUGGAAAGCAAACUCGAGGCCUCGACCGAGCAGCGGGACACUCUACAGAAAACAUACGACGAGCAAGCCUCGAAGCUGCAGACUCUCCAGCAAGGGCAAGAAAGCGACGCAGCCAAGAUCAAGGACUUGGAAGAGGAGUACGCCUCGUUGAAGAAGCUUCGCCAAGAGGACGAGACGCAGCUCUCUGCAGCCAGGGAGCAAGCCGAAGCCGCGGAGAGCAAGGCAGCGCAGGCCGCUGAUGCCCUCGACUCCCUUCAAAAGGAGAAGCAGGCCCUGGAGACCAAGGCUGCCGACCUCGCCUCCGAGGUGGAAAAGUCCAAGGAGGCAGAGUCUGAUCUGAAGGCCCAGCUUGACGAGGUCCAGGCAAGCCUAGCCGCCACGCAGAGCGAGAAGCAGGCUGCCCUUGAGAAGGCGGAGGCAAGCGAGAAGAAGAUCAAGGAGCUCGAGGAGAAAGAGAAGCCCGCGGCGGAGGCGGAACAGGCCGAGGCGUAAUGUCGACAGUCGUUCAUGUGGAUGGCGAUGGAUUGACGGACUCCCGGAUCGAUUGGAGGGAAUUGCAUAACCGGGGGCAUGAAUGAGCGAGCACGCGCUUCUAUUCAAUGAUGAUACCUAUUUGUAGUUCUACUUCCUAAUGUAUAAAACUGUUUGAGUGUGGAAUAUUGUUAUGUUAUGC